AGAUGACAAAGAGAAUUUACUUCGUACGUUAGCUGAUGUGGAGCUCAAGAUGCCGGCAAGUCGAAAUUCAGAGGCUGCCCCGAACAACGCUAUGAAGGAAAAACGAGAUGACUACAAAAAGGGAGAACGUUGUUACAACUGCAACAGUGUAGGUCAUUAUGCGGCUGACUGCAACAAACCGAAACGUAAGCCUGGAUCGUGUUAUGCCUGUGGAAGCGAGUCCCAUACUAUAAAUGACUGCCCGAUGAAUAAGAAGAAGAAGACCCCAACGCAAAAUGAUUAUAAUGUUUGAUUGAUUCCGGCAGCCCCAUUAGUUUUAUGCAGCAACGAAUGCUACCUAAAGGAGUUAAUUUAAUAAGUAAUGAAAAUAUAUUUUUUGGUUUAAAUGAAACAAAAUUAAAUGUAUUUGGAAAACUAUUAUGUUAUGUUGAAAUAAUAAACACAAAGAUUGAAGUUGAAAUGUAUGUGGUUGCUAAUGAAUCAAUGAAACACAACGCAAUUUUAGGACGCGAUUUUUUGGCUAAGAGCAAUAGUAAAAUCAUAUGGUUUGAGACAAACAACAGUACAAUUGAAAAGCAUAAUGAUUCAAAUGAAAUUAUAACAGAUAAUUUGAAGCUUAAUAAUGACUGCAAUUUUUGUGAAGAGAAUUUUGAAAAACAAAUUUUAAACAUAAAUGUAGAAGAAACUGAGUUACAUUUAAACGUUGGUGAAAACAUUGAUUAUAAGAUUAAGAAUAAAUUACUAGAAAUGUUUAAGAAAACUUAUGUUAAUUCAAAACGACCUGAUACACCAAACGUUCGUACAGAAAUGAAACUUGUCGUAAAUGAUAGCAAACCAUUUAAUUGUCCUCCUCGUAGGUUAUCACAUGUGGAAAAACAGGAAUUACAGAAAACAUUAGAUGAUUAUUUAUCAAAAGGAAUUAUUAGAGCUAGUGAGUCUGAGUAUGCAUCCCCUAUUGUUUUAGUGCGUAAAAAGACAGGUGAACUACGGAUGUGUGUCGAUUUUCGAAACCUAAACAAAAAUACCGCCAAACAUAAUUAUCCGAUCCCUUUGAUUGAUGAUCUUUUAGAAAG